UGUGCUUCUUUCUCUGUCCUUGUUUUUGUUCCGCUAUAUUAUGUAUUUAAGGCAAUACAUAAGUUAGGGCAAGAGUGCGUCCAUCAGUGUCAUUAUCCAGAAAAAAAUUAUUCCUUGAUGCCUCCACAUUUGCGCAUGCCUGAGUGAUCACAAGUUUUCAUGUAUAUGUGUUUGAUCAGACUUCCAAUAAAUCAUUGUUGAAAGUUAGCGCUUGUGUGUGUGUGUUACUCCCUGUCCCGUCCUUGUCAUUUCAGUUCUGCGCUUUACAGUAUGAAUAUGUCGCACCAACGAGGCCAAAUAUCUACCCUUGCUUAGGUGAUAGUGUCUUGAUGUGGAGACCGCAUAUUGUUUGUUCAGAACUGCUCGCCAGAUUUCUCUCUGGGGCCGUCAAGAACACAAAGGCAUGGCACCAGCAUGGUGCAGUUUUAACGCGAAGCGGUCGAUUCCCUGCUGAGGAGCUUCACUGGGGACUGUGGCCGCAUACAUUAUCACAGCUAAAAUGGAAGCACUUUGUUUUGCUCUCACUGGUCAAUGGCAUCAGCACAUUUGCGCUUUUAUUAUUGCUAACAGGUCUAUUUUUGCUAGCAUAUUCAUGCUGAAUUUUGAAGCGGCGGCUUGUUUUGCGGCAUUUGCAUGCUUCUCCUCAUUACGUCUCCCAUUCUUGUGCACACACCAAGGAAGCAUUGGAGUGCUGCCACAUCCGUUCCCCGUGGAGACUUGUGAUCUCUGCAUCAACAGUGUGGGUAUCAAUCAAGUGUGAGCAGUAUUUCUGAAACAGCUACAUUAUUCCAAGUCAAUGCCCUCAAAAACUGCUCACAUUGGUAAUUUUCGCAUGACAGGGCGAAAGCUGUAACUCUUGUUUCAAUUGAUUUUGCAACUGAAAUAAAUGUUCUGUAGGUACUUGAUUGGUAACACUCGGACUGCUCUGGCGUUGUACGUAGGUGUGACACAGAGUACAUGCCGUGCAGGUGUUCAUCAUACGCACAAUUUUUUCUGCGAGCUACAUUCCGAAGCAGAUAUAAAAUUCCCUCUUUAGUGCGUGACAGUGUUUUCUGCAGUGGGCGAUAGCUCGAACAUCUGCUUUUGGCUCUGGUUAAUUGGCGUGCUUUGGGGCUGCUUGGUGAGUGCACAACUGGGGGAUGACCAUUUCACGCCUCCUUCGUUACACUGCGCCAGCUUGGAACUGGCACAGUGCGCGAGAUGGAGCAAAAGAAACCAACAGCGGCCUGGGUGCCCCCUCCCCUCCCAUUGGCACGUCCCUUCUGGCCCCCUCCCCCACUGUGCAGACCCUGGAGUCCAAGCUGGCGUCGUGCCGCAACUUUGUCAAGAGCCCCCAGAAGGAGGACGCUGAAGGGACAGCAGCAGGACUGGCCGUGGGGAGGACUCACCUGAAGCAACGUGCAUUGUCAAGUCCUCAAGAAUUUGUGCCGCUUGCAUUCUAGCCAGCUUGGAACUGACGUCAAUGAGCAGCGCAAGGAAGGGCGACGCAUUUUGUGUGUUUGCAGCUGUGUUCCCUGCGUGGACUUUGUCGGAGCCGCAGAACACGGCUCUUUCAGCUGUCCAAUUCCAUUGCAUGUAAUAAAAAUAGUAGUGCACAUGAAGGAGGAGGUCCCACGGUUUAUAAAUCAUUGACGAGACCUCCCGUCCAAGUAAAAUGCACCGCACCAAGGAAACGAAGACGACCAUAGAUGCUUUGGAACAUAUGUAGUGUCUCCCAGAAAUAUGUUGCUGAAAGAGCCUUUUGAAAAGACCUGUAGUAUUAUCGGUGAUCUUACGAGCGCACUGUUCCCAAAUCCCCCUCUACAUUCCGAAGGAGCUGCUGCCCCGUAACACUUUGUUGAGUACAGUAGAACAGUUUUACCAUUGUGUUCGUUGCAUUUGCCUGUUAUGGGCGCCCUGUAUGUAUUAUAAUGGCUUUUAGUCCUCCGUAAACCCAAACGCAAGGGAAUCGCGCUGCCAAAAUGAUGCGCAAAUUUUACUUCCAUGUUCUGGCUGAAAUAAAAAAGGUCGCUUAGGUUCUCUUAUUCACUCUCUAAAAAAGCCUGAAACGUUGCGCAGAAUUAGUUUGUACGUGCCUGAAUGGCCACUUGAGCUACGCGUGACGACCCAUUAAAAAUUGAACACGAAGUGACAGGAAGCAGCUUCAGGCCAGGCACGGUACUGCCAAUAAACAAUCUAACGCUUAACAUAAAAAUGUUUCACGCAGUGGCGACAGCCGAAGGCCAUUGCGUACGCAAAGAUAUGCGUACCCCAUUCUCGAUAAAUAGCCAGGCAAGGAAGUACAGCGUUGCAGGCAAUACUUUUAGAGAGUGCCGAUAAUUGCAGCAUUCAAUCGCAGUCCAAUUGUUCGGGCUUGACCGAGUAUGAGCAGACAGCCGCUUUCCCACGCAAUUGCGCAGUUCUUUCCAAAUUCGAGAUGCGCAUCUUUACAGACGUGGUCAGUUGACCGAUGGCAGCUCUCAGAAUCUCACGGCCCACCUGCGUAUGAAAACAAGAAAGGGAUCACAUUUCCGCUUCAACACACGCACGACUGCAGCACUUGAGAUGCUACGUAUUUCCGCGAAAAAGACUGGUUUCAAAAUAUUUGUUGCUGUUAUGACACCGAUCAUAUUUUGUUAAUUUUAGAUACGAACCUUGAUGCGAUAAGUUAUGGCUCCCGUUAGUAAUACGUUUUGUUAUGUUUCAGAUUCACUGUGCUGUAUUAAGUCAGGGCAAGUGCAUUAUUGCUGGGACACUUUUGAAUCAACGCACAAUAAAAAAAUGAUGUACGUGGUGCCGAUUUCCUGUGUUUGCACAGUGUCUUUGAUAUGUAUGUCUUGAUGUAUUUAAUAAUUUCCUAGAAGUACUGAAUGCUUGGCGAGCUGGUAUUUCAUGUCGACAAAUGAUGGCACGAGGAUGGAAGCAUAGCCAAAAGGAAUGGACCUUGCGUUAUCAUCCAAGCACAAGUGGUACUUGGAAGAAAAGACCUGGUGUAUACAGUAUUUACAGUGCAUGUUAAUUGGUCUCCGCACUAGACAUUUUGAGCGUGUGAUUUUGUGGUGUACAAUAAACAAGUUGAAUCCA